UCUCUUUUAAGCCACUUGAAGAAAGCAACAUGGAAACUCUUCCAUUUUCUGCCGUUAUUCUCAUUGUUCUCUUCAUUGCUGCAGGGAAUGAGUCAAAGAUGGCAGAUGCAAUAGGAAGCUGUGAUGUGUUGGGGCAUGGCGGAGGGUGCGAAAUAAACGAAUGCUUCAAUGGAUGCAGGGCCAAGUUUGGACAAGAUGCUCAUGGCUUUUGCUUCACCAUCAAUACUUCCGACGACACUUGCAUUUGUCGUCACCCUUGUUAAUCAAUAAUCAUACUUAAUUUCCAUUAGUUUUUAUUUCUAUGUCAGUGCAUGUUUUUGUUACCCUAUAUUUAUUGAAUAAAGUUAGAAAUCCCUAGGGUUUCUUGGUGACCUUGCUUAAGGUUUGGGCCCUGGAUUGCUAAAUUGAUUUGGGUUGUUCUGCUGUUGGGCUUGGUUAAAUGUGGAUUGCUUAAUGAG